AUGCAUAUAUUUACAAUUUUGAUAAUGUUUUUUCCAUUAGUUACACAAAAACAAAAGUGUAAUAAAUUACUUCUUGAUUCUUUUUUUAUAAAAAAUUUUCUAAAAAAAAAUUCAUUAAUUAAGAAAACUUGUUAUAAUAAAUAUUAUACCGUAUAUAACAGAAAAAUGUCAAGUAAAAUGGAUGAAGAUUCUCCUUUUAUAGCAGUUUACGUAACAACACCUAACAAAGAUGUUGCUGAAAAUAUUUCUAAUGUAUUAUUAAGAGAAAAACUAGCGAGUUGUGUAAAUAUAAUUCCUGGUAUUCUAAGUUUAUAUCAUUGGAAAGGAGAAAUAGCUAAAGAUAAUGAAGUCUUAAUGAUGAUUAAAACAAAAAAACAUCUAUUUCAGGAAAUUGUGAAUUCAGUAAAAUUAAACCAUCCAUAUGAAGUACCAGAGGUCAUUGCUAUUCCUAUACAACUUGGGAAUAAAGAAUAUUUAGAUUGGAUAUCCAACUCAGUGAAGUCUGUUGAUAAUCAUGGCAUAAAAUAA